CUCGUGCCACGUCAGAGCUACUCAGCUGUCAUCACCAGAAGUAAACCGUCUGUCUAUGCAGCUGAAGCUUUCAGCAGGUUGUUUCAAACUUUCACUAUGCUGUAUUUUGGACUGAGCUGUUUGCUGCUUCAUGUGGUUGUGGUGUUUGGCACUGAGCUCACGUUUGAGCUCCCCGACAACGAUAAGCAGUGUUUCUACGAGGAUCUGGAGAAGGACGUGAAGUUUGACAUAGACUUCCAAGUCAUAUCAGGAGGAAACUAUGAUGUGGACUGCUUUGUAACGGAUCCUUUCAACAAUGUCCUGUACAAUGAGAACAAGAAGCAGUAUGACAGCUUCUCCCACACCACAGCUGUUCAGGGUGUCUACAAGGUCUGCUUUAGCAAUGAAUUCUCCACUUUCUCACAUAAAAUUGUGUACCUGGACUUCCGCCAUGGAGACGAGGAUGCUCUCUUGCAGGGCAUGAAUAAACCUACAUCCCUGACCCAGUUGGAGUCAUCUUGUGUCUCCAUCCAUGAGAUCCUGAAGGUGGUGGUUGAUUCACAGACAUGGUACAGACUAAGAGAGGCUCAUGACCGCACCAAAGCAGAGCAUCUCCUCGAGCGGGUGACUUACUGGUCCAUUGGAGAAACCGUCCUGCUGUUUGUCAUCGGCAUCGGACAAGUUGUGAUGCUGAGGAGCUUUUUCAGUGACAAGAAAGGCUCAGUGGUAGCUCCCACUUAAAGCAUGAUAACUUAAUGUGUUUCAAAGGUGAAAACACGAGUGCACCUGGUAAUGAUCUUGCAGGAGUUUCAGGAAACCCUUUUUUAGAGGAAUGGUGCAGUAGGAUUUUCUUUUUUCCCAACUUGAAACUUGAGAACUUGAUAUAGCUUUAUUCAUGUCUGUAAAUUUAGUUCUUGACAAGCUGUACUGAAAAGAAGAACCUCUGUUGAAAAUGAGUUUGAUACCUUUCAAACUUGCACUUACUAUUUAUUCUGUUUUUUAAGUACAACAUAAAGCAGCUUUAGUUUGUUCUGUUUAUGACCCUGAAUGCCUUGUCAAAGAUCUGUCAUGGUUACCAGCAUUACAUACCAUGAUAGACACACUGAUAGAAACUAAAGAUGUUUUGUUUCCAGAUGUCAGUUUUAUUUGUUCUUUAUUACUACUUUAAUUUAUGUGCAAAAAGUUGUUAUUACUUGUUGUGAAGCGCUGACUCCCUCAUGCCCUUAAAUAUCUCACGCAAAGUGCCUGAACAUUUUCAAGUUAAAGGUACCAAUUUAUUUAAAUUUGUGAAGUGCCAUCCUGCUGUUACUGCCCUUUCAUUAAGUUCUUCAUUUGGAUGUGGUUAUUAAGUGACUAAUUGUUAUGGCUUUUUUUCCACCAAGAAUGUAAUUUUUCAGUUCUAUUUUUUUAUCUGUCUUUUUAAAUCUGUUUAACCCUGUAAACAAAUGUCAGUACAAUUCGAGGAAAGUCUUUUUCAGCAGAUGCAAGUUCAAUUUAUAAACAUUUCCACAUAAAGAUUC